AUGGCCGCUGCACGCACCGCCCUGCCGCUGCUCCUUCUGUGGGCCGCUGCUGUCUCAGCUGAACCAUCUACUGCUGGUGGCAACAGAAACACUCAGUCGGCUAAACCAUUAAUUGUAGGCGGCAGUAGAGCUCAAAUAGGAGAGAUUCCGUGGCAAGUGUCAAUACACGAAAACAAUAGACAUCUAUGUGGUGGCUCUAUUUUGGACUCUGAGUGGGUGCUGACAGCGGCACAUUGCUUUCUGGAUAACAACCCUAGUCCAUACCUCGUAAAAGCCGGUUUUAUUGACCAAAACAAUCCUGGCAGUACACUGCAAAAUUCCAGUGUUACAAAAAUCAUCACACAUGAGGGAUACAUCAUGAAUGAAUUGCCAAAUGAUAUUGCACUGAUGAAACUGAGCACUCCUUUCACACUGAAUAGCUAUGUAUCUGCUAUUUCACUUCCAACUAGCUCUGCUUUCAAAGCACAAGGCAUAGCAACAGAUAGUGGCUGGGGUGCAACUCAAGAGGAUGGAGCGCCUUCUCAAUUUCUGUAUAAAGUACAGGUACCAAUAAUGACAUCAGAUAUGUGCCUAGAGUAUUACGGUGAAGAUUUUGAUACAAACAUCCUACUGUGUGCUGGUUACCCUGAUGGAGGGAAGGAUUCUUGCCAGGGAGACUCGGGUGGGCCAAUGACAUGUAGUGAGUCUGGUUCAACAACUCCUCUUCUCUGUGGUAUAAUAGCAGCAGGACAGGGAUGUGGAAGGAAGGACUACCCAGGAAUUUAUACUAAUGUUGCUGCAUACCUCAGCUGGAUUGCAAACAAUAAAAACUGA